UGUGGGUUUUUGUUUUUGUGUCUUAAACUCUUCUUUCUUCUAUCUACUAUUCUAUCUUUCUUCAUAAUCACAAACACAAUUAUUUCAUUUCAUUUUAAAAUAAUAAUUAAAAAUACAAAGAAAAAUUUGCAUUUUUAUUCAAGAACAAAAACAGUGACAAGAAUUAAGGUUUUUGUGUUUAGAUCUCAAUCUCAACCAUUUUCCGACACUUUGUACUUUUGAUUGGGUUAGGUUAGCUCGGAAUUUUCGUUACGUGAUCAGAAUUUGAUUCCUCGGAUCGUUCUUCGAAAUUCGAAUGUUGUUUUUUUACAAGUGACGAGGAUCUGGUGUAUUGAUGCUUCUGAUUAUUUGAAGAGGGAUAUAUAUAUGUUCAAAUUAUGGUGUUUAAGAAGAGGGCAAAUCAUGGAUUCAAUGGCUUUCAAGUUCCGGUUAUUCCUAGAGCUCCUAGAUCUGCAAGAGGGAGGAGUUCAUUAAACAAAAAGGUUAAGGAUAAUCAAGUUUGUGCUUUUGAAAUAUUGGCAUCUAUAGCUGGCAAGUUGCUGGAGGAGAGUGAAAGCUCUGCUUCUAGCAAUGCAUCUGAAGGCUUCAUUGUGCAAGAUCGACAAAAUGAAGUUAAGCCAUCAAUAGCCGAGGGAAUUCACCAUGGAAGUUCUGGAGAAAGUAUUUUUACAACCGAGGUAGCCUCACAAAACCUUGAUCAGAAAUCUUUUGUACAUACCGAGACUGGUUUUUCAUUGGAAAAAGCUGAAAAAGCUAAUGUGAAGAUUGAAGCUGUUGAAUCAGAUAAUAAAGAUAGGAUUUAUUCUAAUAGAUUAGUAGAAACACCAGAAAAAUUCAGGGAGUCUUGUAACAGGAAAAUAAAGAAAGGAUUCAGAUCCAAUAAAUGUGGUUUGAAAGACCGGUUGGAAUUGUAUAUGUCUCCUGCUCCGGUUGACUCGAAAAUUAAUGUAAAGUAUCCACUUCAUAGGAAGCCAUUUCCCACUGAUACCUUUACCAAGCAUGGGAAUGGCAUUAAGUUAGAUUUUAGAGAUGAUGACGAAAACUUUUUAAGGUGCACGAAGGUUUGCACUAAGUCGAAGGCUUUUAGGUCUCCACGACGCAUGGCACACCGCAGAAUCAAGAAUCUGCUGUCUUCUAAAUACUGGAACGUUGCUCCAAAGUUGAAGGACUGCGAACUUUCUAGAUCUGAUCUUGAAAUACCUCUUUACCGUAAGAGGAAGGUGUGUAACGGUUCCGACAGUUCUCAUCACAACACUACUGUUAAGAAGAGGAAAUUCUUUGACCGGGUUUCUGGGGUAACUUCUGAUGGAGGAUUUAGCAGCGAGAGUGUAUCUAAUUCGCCUGAGAAAGGAACAGAUGGACACAAACCCAGCUCUUCUUCGAAACUGCAAGUAACGGAGGAUUCUCGUGUGAAGUUUAGCAUUAAGUCAUUCAGGAUACCCGAGCUUUACAUUGAGGUUCCCGAAUCUGCAACCGUUGGUUCACUAAAGAGGACAGUAAUGGAGGCAGUGAUGGCUAUAAUUGGAGGCGGUAUGCAUGUUGGUGUUCUUCUUCAGGGGGAAGAAAUUGGAGAUGACAAUAGAACACUUGAGCAGACCGGUUUAUCUUGCAAUGAGAAUCUGGAUACCCUCAGCUUCAUGUUGGAGCCUAGUUCUCUACUAGCUUCUCCGGUUUCUUGUGUUGGUGAUCCUUCUUCUCAAUGCGAAACAUCCGAACCGAUCAGGUUGCCAGAAACUCCCGCAUUAGAUUCAGGGAUAACCGAUACCGUACGUGACUCCUAUUUGCCGAUAAAUCCAGGCAACCUAGUGGAAAAUAACCAUGACUCUACUUAUUCUCCCACUGACACUAUAGUUGACAAAGUAACACCAGAUCAAUCCAGAGCCAUAGUUGCACUUCCGGCUAGCACCGAAGCAUUAGCUGUGGUUCCUGUGAGUCAGAAAAUCAAGCGCUCUGAGUUUGCAAAUCGUAGAACCCGGAGGCCAUUCUCUGUGACUGAGGUAGAAGCACUUGUUCAUGCAGUUGAAGAACUUGGGACUGGAAGGUGGCGUGAUGUUAAGUUACGAGCUUUUGAGAAUGCAGAUCAUAGAACUUAUGUAGACUUAAAGGAUAAAUGGAAAACACUAGUGCACACUGCAAAAAUCUCCCCUCAACAAAGGAGAGGAGAGCCAGUACCUCAGGAGCUAUUGGACAGAGUUUUAGGAGCACAUGCUUACUGGUCUCAGCACCAAAUCAAGCAACAUGGGAAGCAUCAAUGUGGAACAGGAACAUUGAAGAUUACAGAAGCCUCAGCUGAAAGGGUGUCCACUCAAGUGUAGAAAAGGACUUGCUUGUGUUGUUGAACAGGAAAAGAAGAAAACAAAAAAACUUGUACAUUUUGAUUCAAUUUCAUGUAAUAUUCUCACACCAAAUUCUUUGCCAACCGUUAAUUUCAUUUGUGUUGGUAUUUUGUAAAUGAUUUGAUGCAAUAAAGGUUACUCUAACAGGAACUUAUGCUGUUCUUUGAUUUUUUUUAUUAUUUGUCAAUUCAUUUUUCAUUUGUAUGUAACAAUUGUCAAAAGAAUGACAUAGGAAAAAGGAAAUUGAUCUCCUUGUUGUACCUUCU